AUGGAAUCUGGUAAGAGCAUUGGUAUCAUUGGCAUGGGCGACAUGGGCAAGAUGUAUGCUCGGCGCCUGAGCAGUGCAGGAUGGAACUUUCGUCAUUCACGUGCUCUUAACGUGUCUCAUUUCGCUGACAGUUUGCUCUGCCAAGGGUACACGCCUGCGAUCUACCUGACAAAUUCGAUGCAUUAG